AUGCCUCGACCUGGAAGGAAUACGUACAAUGAUCAGAAGCCCCCUUAUUCUUAUAUUGCAUUGACUGCCAUGGCGAUUCAGAACUCUCAGGAAAAGAUGUUACCUCUUAGUGACAUUUAUAAGUACAUAAUGGACAGGUUUCCUUUCUACCGACAAAAUACUCAAAGAUGGCAAAAUUCGUUAAGGCACAAUUUGUCCUUUAACGACUGUUUUAUCAAAAUUCCCCGUCGUCCAGACAGGCCAGGAAAAGGAAGUUACUGGGCUUUACAUCCAAUGUCAGGUGACAUGUUUGAGAAUGGAAGUUUUUUGAGGAGAAGAAAACGAUUCAAAAUGACAUUGCGGCCUCAUUUACCUAUGCAUGACAGUCUUAAGCAUUCCUUGGCACUGGAGUCUCGAAUGUACCAUGAUACAACUAGGAUGAACUUUUUCGCCGUAGGCAAUCGCAGUGUGCCAUCCACAAGCGGUCCCUUAACUGGACAUGGAAACUCUUCCAACAGAAAACAGCCCUUUACGAUUGAAAACAUAAUCGCCCCAGAUCAAAAAUCAAACGCAACUUCUCUCCCGACCCGUGUGACUUCAACAGUAUUACCAGCUUUCGCAUCACAAUUUGCAAGUAACUUGUCUUAUGUGACACCAAUUUCUGCAGGAAAUAUCUUUUCGACACUCGCAUCGGCAUACAAGUUUAACUCAGAUUAUGAGAAAAUAUUAAAAUCUCGAAGACCUACUGACUUUCCUCUAUCACCAUUGACUCCAAUGCCCAUAAAACCGUCUCCUGUGUCGGCUUUGAAUCUGGCCACCUCGCAAAAGAACUCUUUGGCAGAAAGAAUGUACUCUCCAACAGGAAAUUCUUGCUAUGCUCCUUCCGACUUGAAAUCCAUUAUGCGUUGUACGCAAGUAAGCACGUGA